AUGAAGGUGGUCGACUUCGCUCGCCGACAACGUCUCGCAUCCGUCGGUGGCAUCGUCAAGCCGCCCACCGCCCCGAAUCAGCGGCAGCUCACCACCGACUGCGGCAUGUACGGCCUCACCACGGAGAGUGUCAACGGCCCCGUCCUCUGGGCCGACGAGCUGCAGUGGAUCAUCGACUCGACAAAGAAAGGCAACGCCACACUGCUCUUCAAGUAAGUCGCAAAAGUGUGAGGCAGGAGGGGCUGCAUCGUGUGUGUGUAUUGAUCAGGUCGAGUCGUGACACGUUUGGGUACCAGUCCUUCCUCAACAAGGUGACGGGCAAGAGCGGCCUUCUGUUCGCCCUCCGAGACGGCGACACACACCGAUUCGGCUACUUCAUCGACGGCCAGCUCAAGCCACCAAAUGACCGCACAGAGACCACCGGCCCCUACAAGGUGCCCCUCUUCUUCUUUUCGCUGUCGGGUGCGUACGAGACGCCGACCAAGAUCGAGCUGCCGGAGGAGGCCCAGUGCGUGGACGUGGCCGGCACACAGGGGGCGGCGAAGGCCAGAAAUAUGGAUUGGCGCGCGAAUGUGGCCAUCGCCUGUGGCCGUCUGUGGCUCGGCUUCGAUGAGCCUGGUCCGGCGGCUGACCUCAGCCGCUGCUAUCAGUGGAUCAAGGAAGGGGAGCUGCAAGCGAAAUACAAGGGAAAUAUCAACAGCAACGGCAACGGCACACUGGCGCGGACGUCCAGCUUCACGUGCGAUGAGAUGGAGGUGUAUCACGUGCAGGUAAACCAGUGGGAUGAAAAGGCAACGGAAACAGCUACAUGGGUGAGGAUGCGUCUUGUAUGUGCCUCUCUGCAGGUGAACGGCGCAUGAUCCGACUGUUCAUCGGAUUCUGUGUCAAGCACGUAAGCGACCGACUCUCUGUCUCGACCCAAUGCGUUUUUG